CAUUCAUAUCUUUUUCCCUUAGCUUAGCUUAUAAAAAGGAUGUGACUUGUAUGAAUUUGUAUAAGUAAAAAGAGAAGAAAUGAGUAGUCUUAAGCGUAAGCUUGAGGGUGAAAUCGAGAUUAGGGCAGCUGCUGGAGAUGUCUAUCAUGACAUAUACAAGAGUAGACCUCAUCACUUGUCCCAUGCAUCCCCUCAUUUUGUACAAAGUUGUGACUUGCAUGAGGGUGAACUCGGUAAGCCUGGCUCGAUCAUCGUUUGGAAGUACAAACUUGGUGGGAAGGCUCUAACAAUGAAAUGUGUAAUUGAAGAGAUCCACGAAGAGAAGAAGUUGGUGAGGCAACGAGUUGUCGAAGGCGAUUCCUUGGAAGAGUAUAAGAACCUUGUUGGAACAUGUCAUGUAAUAGCAAAGGAUAGCGAAACCAGCAUAGUAAGGUGGAUGUUGGAGUAUGAGAAAAUGCAUGCUGGUAUCCCUGAACCAUCUGCUUUGCUCGAUGCUUGCCUCGAAGCUGCCAAAGACGCUGAUGAUCAUCACCAUGGCAUCAAGAAGUAAACAAAGAGAAUUUCUCCGUUUGACAAGCACUUUCAGUCACCUCAAAUGAUUUAAGUGUCGAAGUCAAUAUGUUGUUUUAUAUCUAUCUACUUAUAGGAUUAUUGGUUUGCUUUAAGUUAUUACUAAAUAAUGAAAAGGAAUGUAUCUGCUCUUCGUUGAUCAUCUGUACAAUCUAGCUAUCAAACAUUUUAUAUACCCUAUUCAAUAUCGUUGUGAUUUACAGCUAGCAUUCUUCAA